CUCUCUCUCUCUCUCUCUCUCUCCUCCUUUCUAUUACCUUGGCUUUUCAUUUGUUUGUUCUGUCUUUGUUUUCUAACUGCACUGCUGAAAUAGCCUAUAAGAAGAGCGAGCGUGCAGAAGGAAGAACGAGAUUAGGGCGUCAGUGCAAAAAUACGCAAAAGAGAGAGAGAGUCUCUGUGUGUGUGCUCGUGAGACAGCGCGAGAGAGGGAGCGCGCAAUAUUUUACUGGGCAUCUCUGGUGUGUGGAGCUUGGCUUCUCUUUCGCGCGCUGCAUCCUCCAGCUCUUUUGGAAGGAUGAGCUCGUGCAGCAGCAGGGCUCUGACUCUGCUCUCCACGGUGUUCGGGGCGUGCGGGCUGCUGUUGGUAGGAGUUGCCGUGGCAACGGAUUAUUGGCUGCUGAUGGAGGAGGGCAUAGUACUGCAGCAGAACCAAACCAUCGACGUCAAGAUGGCACUGCACUCUGGCCUCUGGAGAGUGUGUUUCAUAGCAGGUUCGGAGAAAGGAAGAUGCGUGGCCUCUGAAUACUUCACAGAGCCUGAGAACGAGAUCACCACAGAAAACACUGCGAAUAUUCUCAAGAUGGUGCAGACAGCCACACCUUUCCCCAUGGUGUCUUUGCUCUUCGUCUUCACGGCCUUCGUCAUCAGCAACGUGGGCCACAUCCGCCCACAGCGCACCAUCCUGGCCUUCAUCUCGGGCAUCCUCUUCAUCCUUUCAGGUCUAAGCCUGGUGGUGGGCCUGGUACUCUAUAUCUCCAGUAUAAACGAUGAGGUCAUGAACAGGCCGAGGGAGCCUGAGCACUUCUUCAACUACCACUACGGCUGGUCCUUCGCCUUCGCCGCCAGCUCCUUCCUUCUCAAAGAGGGCGCCGGCGUGAUGUCCGUGUAUCUCUUCAUGAAGCGCUACACAGAAGAGGAGAUUUACAGGCCUCACCCGACCCUCUACCGCCCCCGCCUGUCCGAAAGCAGCGACUACAGCGGGCAGUUCCUCCACCCGGAGACCUGGCCUCUGCCCCAGCGGGCGCGCAGCGCCUCCGAGUUCUCCAGCGACAUCUCCAUCCAGCUGACGCAGAACCCGCAGCCCCCGCCCAAGGUCAACCCCCAGCAGAGCGCAUCCUCCACCGGCAUGACCGCUGCCUCCAGCCCCGCCUCCGACGCCGGAUACGAGCUUGCGUCGCCCGGCUCGGCCGCGGCCUUCCCCCUCAGCCGCCCGCUCCUCCCUGGGGCGGCCGGCGAUGCCCACGGCUUGGCUCUGUCUGCGCCCCCGCCUGCCGUGCCGCCUCCCCAGUAUCACGCGCACAUGCGCAUGAGUGCCUCCCCGUUUUAGAGAAAGGACAUGUGGGCGGGACGCCGAGCCUGUCUGCCUUUGGCUGGAGAGUGGAUGAGAGGAGCAAAUAAAAGGUCCUUACAGAAACAGAGUGGGAGAGUUUAGGGUGUUAAAGCAAGCAAGACUUGGCAUUCAGGUGCGAAUGUUGGAGCAGAGAAGGUUUCUUUACAAGGCAUUUAGUGGAGGUAUAGAUCUUAUUGCACAAGCGGUGUACAAUGCAAAACACUUUUCCAAAAUAACAUAUUCAUGUAUAGUCACAUAUUUCUGCACAAAGACUGUAACUACUGCCUUCAGUUUUACUGGUGAUAUUGAAAACUCAUUCUGAUUUUCAUCGCUCAAUCAAUGUAUCAGUAGUGGUGUUAUUAUUAUAAAGUUUAAAAUAAGAUUACAUGUUACCAGGGAAAGGGUUAAAUAUGUAAAGGGGUAUUUUAACUCCCCUUUCGUUAUCAAGGGGAUUAUGGAGACUGGUGAUUUUAAAUAUGUAGACAUUAUGUGCUGAUUCAUUUUUAACUACUAUGGAAAUAUGAACUAAACGCUGAAGAUUCCACAGUGAAGAAAGGAGUGAUAAAGGCAUUAAACUCCAGACGACUGAGAAUCGACCUCUUAAAGCCUCCGGGACUUGCUGGGCACAUUUAAGUUUCCAAGUUCCCGUAAGAACUUUCUAACAGCGAGUUAGUAGCGAAGGUUCCGUCUUUGAUCUGUUCGUUCAGGGUGGAGUUCAUCACUUUCUUUCCCUGUUAUAAACGGUAGGUCUGAUUUAGGCUACUGAUACACGCAAACUGAGUAAGCUGCUCGAUUUACACAGAGUUUAACCGGGAACAAGGCGUUCAAGGCUUUAAAAGUACCUUAGAGUUACUAGACGUAAAGUGUGUGAUGCGAAUGAUGUGACAGAAAUCCAAGAUUAAGCAUAAAAUGCGGGAAUAAUGACGGUUGUCACUAGACUUAAGACACUAUGCUGAUUCUACAUGUUUUUAAUGAUCAUAUAUAUAGAUCGUACUUAACAAAUAUACCGCCAAACAAAGAGAGACGAAACUGGACUAUUCUGAUGGGUAAAACUGUUUAGAAUUGUAAAAUUAAAUUUUUCGGUUAAAUGUUAGUAAUCGCAAGCUUAUUUUCUUUUUCCAAAAUCGCAACAUCACGUAAAUUAACAUGAACAUGAGACUACAUAUCAGUAGGCAAUCAUAUGCGGCGCGCCCUCUGUCAGCUCAAAUGUAAUGGUGCAAUUAACGUUUUGGAUGGCACUGUCCACGGUUCUGAAACAAGUGUAGUUUUUACAUAACCCACAGUAUCACAAACCAUGCCUAGUAGAUCGCAUUUUCUGAGUACUGAGCUAUUUCUGUACGUUAGAUCCAAGUUGUCGAAUUGUUACAAUAAAAUAUUUUUCAGUGUG